GGCACCUCUUCGCUGUUACCAGGCAGAUCGAGUCCCAAGAUGGCGGCAAAGGGGAGCGAGGAGAAGACGCAGUUUCAAGAGAUGGAGGAGGAGGCGACGAGCGCGGCGGAGAAAGAUAUUGAGUCCGAACAGGAGGAAGGUAUGGGUGUCGAGGACUCUUCCGAAGAGGAAGACGAAUCGUCCGAGGACGAGAAGGAGAACGAAGCGGAAAUACAGCGUUUGGAGGAGCAGCUGUCCAUCAAUGCCUUCGACUACAACUGCCACGUGGACCUGAUCAAGCUGCUGAGGCAGGAGGGUGAGCUGCUGCGGCUGCGCAGGGCGCGCCAGAAGAUGAGCGAGCUCUUCCCGCUGACCGAAGAGAUCUGGCUGGACUGGCUCAAAGACGAGAUCCGUAUGACGGAGGAGGAGCCGAACCGCGGGAGCAUAUACGAGCUGUUUGAGAGGGCUGUGAAGGAUUACAUCUGCCCCGAGAUUUGGCUGGAGUAUGCCCAGUACUCCAUCGGGGGGAUGGGGGCACCUGGCGGCAUUGACAAGGUGCGUUCCAUCUUCGAAAGAGCCCUCAUGGCAGUGGGCCUCCAUAUGACGAAGGGUGCCGCCCUCUGGGAAGCCUACCGGGAGUUCGAGAAUGCCAUCCUGGCCACCGUGCAGCCUCCCGCGGGCAGUGUUCCCACCCGUGAGCAGCAGGAACUCGUGAACGCUCAACUCGAGCGCAUCCACAUGUUGUUCCGGCGCCAGCUGGCCAUUCCCUUAAUGGACAUGGAGGCAACGCGUGCCGAGUACGAGGAAUGGUCGGAUAGGGGCGUGGAGGAGACCAUCACGCAGCAGUACAAGAAGGCCCUGCAGCAGAUGGAGAAGUACCGGCCAUUUGAGGAAGCCCUGCUGGUGGCUGAGCCCCCCAAGCUGGCUGAAUACCAAGCCUACAUCGACUACGAGCUGAAAGAGGGGGACCCGGCCCGCAUUCAGAUCAUCUUUGAACGUGCUCUUGUAGAGAACUGCCUCGUACCUGACCUGUGGGCCAAAUGCACCAAGUACCUGGAUCGCCAGCUGAAGAUCCGAGAUCUGGUGUUGUCCUGUCAUGACCGGGCCGUGCGAAACUGUCCCUGGACAAUGGACCUGUGGAGGAAUUACCUGCUUGCGCUGGAGAGACAUGGGGCAGAACAUCAGGUGGUGACAGGAUCCUAUCCUGGAAUCACUGGGUGCAAGGCUGGUGGAAUUCACUCUGAACAGGAUGCCAUUCCAUCGCAGGGCACCUUUGAAAAGGCCCUGAACGCCGGGUUCAUUCAGGCCACUGACUAUGUGGACAUUUGGCAGGCAUACCUGGACUACCUGAGGCGGCGUGUAGAUUUCACUAAAGAGUCCAGCCAGCAGCUAGAGGAGCUGCGAGCCGCCUUCACUCGCGCCCUGGACUACAUGAAACAAGAUGUGGAGGAGCGAUUCAGCGAAAGUGGAGACCCCUCCUGUACAAUCAUGCAGAUUUGGGCACGCAUUGAGGCUUUACAUUGCAAGAACAUACAGAAAGCACGGGAAUUGUGGGACAACAUAAUGACUAAAGGAAAUGCCAAAUAUGCCAACAUGUGGCUGGAGUACUACAACCUGGAGAGGUCAUAUGGAGAUGCACUUCACUGCAGAAAGGCGCUACACCGAGCAGUGCAGUGUACAUCAGACUAUCCUGAACAUGUGUGUGAGGUCCUGCUCACAUUUGAGAGGGUAGAAGGCUCUCUGGAGGACUGGGAUAUUGCUGUGCAGAAGACUGAGACUCGACUGACCAGGGUCAUUGAGCAGCGGGCCAAAGUGGCUGAGAAGGAGGCCCUGCUCGCCCAGCAGGAAGAGGAGAAGACAGAGCAGCGCAAGAAGGCCAAGGCUGAAAAGAAGGCCCAGAAGAAGACGCAGAAGAUGGGCCGGACUGGAGAGAAGAGGAAAGCAGAAGAUGAUGAUGAAGGGGAGGAAUGGGGGGAGGAGUCAGAGCAACCUGCUAAGAAACACAGGGGCGAAGGGGACCCUAGCUUAGAGGAUGCAGCGACAGAGGAGCUCAUGGAGACCGAGAGCGGACUCUAUGGCAGGAAGACGGGAGAGACUCUGAGUUCAAGAAAGGCACGGGUGGCAGCUGAGGUGACUCGCAGGGCCCAGGAUGCUGCGCGGGACAAGAGGGACGAUGGUGCCAGCGUCUUUGUAAGCAAUCUGGCCUUUUCCAUGGAGGACCCAGAGAAGAAGAUGAGGGACCUGUUCCAGGACUGUGGCUCCAUAGAGCAGAUCCGCCCAAUCUAUAACACCAGGGGGACCUUUCGGGGCUAUUGCUACGUGCAGUUUGAGGACAAGGCAUCGGUCCCUAAUGCACUGAAGUUGGACCGCCGGGAGGUAGAUGGCAGACCCAUGUUUGUGUCUCCUUGCGUGGACAAAAACAAGAACCCGAACUUCAAGGUUUUCAAGUACAGCACAACUCUGGAGAAACACAAGCUCUUCAUUUCGGGUCUUCCAUACAGCUGCACCAGGGAGCAGCUGGAUGAGUUGUGUAAAGAGCACGGCACGGUCAAGGACAUCCGACUGGUUACCAACCGUUCUGGGAAGCCCAAGGGCCUCGCGUACGUGGAGUAUGAAGACGAGGCGCAAGCCUCCCACGCCGUGCUCAAGAUGGAUGGAAUGCUUCUUGAGGGCCACACUCUGACUGUUGCUAUUAGCAACCCACCGCGCAGGAAUGUGCUGGACAAGCCUGAUGGGAGCAGAGCCCCGGGUGCCGUGAUGCCUCGCCAGGUCUACGGAGCAAGGGGUAAAGGUCGCACACAGCUGUCCAUGCUGCCCCGCGCCCUCAAUCGGCAGGCCGGCGCCGAGCCCAAGGCCGAAAAUGGGACCCUGCAGAACCCUGGCACGGCCGGCGCCUCGGGCUUCGAAGCACAGACUAAGUCUCUGUCAAACGCCGAUUUCUCCAGGAUGCUCAACAAGAAAUAAACUGAAAAAGAAAAGGGGAAGAAACUGCCUUUUUAUGGAAGCCAUUUUGUGUCCUUAAACAGAAGAGAGAACCGAAGUACAGGUGUAAAUACGUGAUCUGCUCCCCCUGUUCUCCACCUCCCGAGUUCCCGUGUUGCCUGUCCUCUGAGAGAAAGCCUUAAUCCGCCAGGGCUCCUUACGUUUUCGUCUUUUAAUUUUGCAAACAGGAGAAUCAGCCUCUCCUUUGGAGACAAGUGUGGUGGAGAAAAGGAUUUGUUUUAAUAAACCUGUUUUUAUGCGUGUAUAUAUUAUGUGCACAUACCUCAUUGUAUAGGAUGUGUCUUAGUCCCCUGAUGGGAAGGCAAGGCUUAGAUGGAUCCUGUGGUGUUUUUUUCCUUUCUUUUCCUUAGAGAGAUGUAAAAACAACGCAAUUUGUGACUGCUGUUUUUUUUUUUUUUUUUUUUUU